AUCGGAGUAUAAAAUUGUAGACACUUGCAGGUUCUGGGACAGAGCAAUUUAGUCACAAAUUAGUUUAGGCCACAACAGUGUUGCAUUUCAUGCCGAAGGCACAAGGAAACAUUAGAAUCUUUUCGGCUUAAUGGUCCCUUUCGUUAUUUUUUCAAAUAUCUGUAUUACUGGCGAAUUCAAAAAAGCAUAGUAUUAUAUUUUUGUUCAAAAAGUGAAAACUGCUCCGGAAAUUAAAGAAUCAAACCUAUAUGCCUACAUUUAACACUAAAACCAUCGAUUUGUACAAAAUAAAAUGUCGAAAAAAGGAAAGACCAGUGCAAUUUGGAUUCACUUUGAUGAAGAUGGUCCAAAUAAAGCAUUAUGUAAAUUGCAAAUAAGUAUUGCCUCGGGUUCGCUUAGUAACCUCAGGCGACAUAUGAGUAGAAGACACCCUUUUACGUCAAUAAAUAUGGAAAGGCAAGCCCCUGCCGCAGUUUUACAUGAGGAAAUAGAUGAUAUCGUGCAAACAUCAGUUAAUAAUGACCAACCUUCCACCAGUACAAUGCAAACUUCCUCCGACACCACGCAAACAAUUUCCAGUGCCCUGAAACAUUCCACAUCACAACCAAACAUCACACAAUAUAUUCAAAGGCCUCCACCUAUUCGCAAACAACAAAAAAUUGACCGACAGUUGUUAAAGAUGAUAGCUAAAGGUCAUCAUGCUUUUCGUAUUGUUGAGGAGCCGGAAUUUAAAAAUCUCGUCAGCCUCAUUUCGCAUUGUCCUAAUUAUGCUUUGCCGUCUCGAAAAUCUUUGUCGAACAAUCUCUUAGAUAGCAAAUACAAUGAGAUUCUGGCGAAAUUAAAGGUCAGCACAGAGGCUGCAUUUGCUGUUUGCAUUACAACAGAUGGAUGGACCUCCAGGGCAAAUUGUUCCUACCUAGCCAUAACAGCACAUUAUAUAGAGGGUACUGAGUUAACAUCAAAUGUAUUGGCAUGUAUUGAAUUUAAUGAAAGGCAUACGGCAGAAAAUAUUAAAUGUGCGAUAAAAGACGUUACUGAUGAUUUUGGAAUAUCGCAUAAAAUAUCAUCCAUUUUAACUGACAAUGCAGCGAAUGUGGUGGCAGCUGCAAAACUAACAAAUUGGCGUUGGAUUGGGUGCUUCGCACACUCUUUAAAUCUUGCUGUUAAAAGCUCAUUGUCGAAUGUUAGUGAGAUUAUAACCAAAGUACGCAAUGUUGUUACAUAUUUCCAUAAGAGUCCUAAUGCAUGGAAAAUGCUAGCUGAAGCCCAAAAAACAACUUGA